AUGAACUCCUUGAACAUAAUCACCUCGCGGGUGUCGCCGCCACCAAGCCCAGGCCCCUCGCGAUCCAACUCUUUCGGCUCCAUAGGCAUGGCGGUAGAGCCCAAUGAUGACUCGUGCGAUGGCGACCCGGACCGGAAGCGAAGGGAUGACGCUCUCGAAGACCAUGUUUCAACGACUGUCAAAUCCGAGAAGGUCGACGAAGCGUCCGUCAGCAUCGAUGCGCCGAGUGAAUACACGCCCCUAAUGAAUGAGUCGAAGGAGGCGGGAGUGCGGUCAGCGACGUGGCAUUCUCUGCCGCGUUCCAUCGCAACCACGUUCAUCAAUUCGAUCCGAUGGUUCUUCUCUACCCUGGCCGCUCCUGGCGUCUACCUCAUCGCCUGUCUGUAUGAUACCUCGGGCGCAUUUGCGCCGCUCUCUCAGCUGAGAAAGCUCUUUGGGACGCGCAAUGAUAAGUUUGCGCACGAAUCUGGUUUCUAUGACGAGAAGAAUGGCCUGCACCUCUCUACUUCGAGUCAAGCGUACGGCACAUUGUCUCGGCCUGUAAGGUCUUCCGGCUCAUCAUCGUCUGGCCUCUCGUCCGAGUCCGAAUCGGAUCCUGACCACAGGAACCAGCAUCGCAACUCCGUACAACGACAUACCCGCUCCAAGACUCUACAAGACACAGAAGAAAUCGCCCCGUCACGAAGGUCUAUACGUAUCAAGCUACACAGCGAGGAAGGACUCCGAAAACACCGAAAGACCCAAUCUGCCAGCUCACAGGCCAAACGCAGUGACGGCAACGCCGUGGCCGACAUUUCUGCCCAGCUCAAGUCGCCGACAUCACCUGCUGGCGCUUUGACGAAGUACCCGAGAACACCAGCACCACCUCGCCCCCUUAUUCCCCGCCGCCAACCAUCAUACCUCAACCUCGAACAAACCGAUCGGAAGUACCAGAAGACACUGAUCCUGGAUCUUGACGAAACAUUGAUACACAGCAUGUCUAAGGGAGGCCGCAUGAGUACUGGGCACAUGGUCGAAGUCCGUCUAAACCAGACCUAUGUCGGCGCCGGAGGGCAGACGUCGCUGGGGCCGCAACACCCCAUUCUCUACUGGGUCAACAAGCGGCCCUAUUGCGAUGACUUCUUGCGCAGGAUCUGCAAGUGGUACAAUCUUGUAGUCUUCACGGCCUCCGUGCAGGAAUACGCCGACCCUGUCAUAGAUUGGCUCGAGUCGGAGAGGAAAUUCUUCUCGGCUCGUUACUAUCGCCAGCACUGCACGUUCCGGCAAGGUGCGUUCAUCAAGGACCUGAGCUCUGUCGAGCCCGACCUCAGCAGGGUUAUGAUCUUGGACAACAGCCCGCUGAGUUACAUGUUCCAUCAAGACAAUGCGAUACCCAUCCAAGGCUGGAUUAACGACCCGACGGACAACGACCUUUUGCAUCUGGUGCCGCUUCUUGAGGGUCUGCAGUACGUGUCGGAUGUGCGGGCGCUGCUGGCGUUGAGGGGAGGCGAGGACGGUCAGCACAUGGCAUAG